CAGGUGAUGCUCAGGCCCUAUAACAAGGCAGCCACCAUUUGGCUGAGAGUUCUUUCUGGACUUCUUCUGUCACUUUCUGCUUUCUACCACUUGACCCUUCAGCUCAUUGAGGAACUUGGUCCAUCGGACACUGUGGCAUGCUACAGACAGAGCUGGUCUUUUGUCUCUUACCACCAGGUCCUUAAGGAACGGUACUUUAUUUCCGACUCUCUUGGGUGCUUGAGAAGAACCGUCCCCAUGCUACUAACGCUGAUGAUUCUGGGCCUUGCUGCCCUCAUUGGUACUUCUGAGAGUCAGACUGGAUGCUAUGGUGACAUAAACAAGGUUGAUACCACUGGGGCUUCCUGUACAACUGCAAGAGCAGAAAGCUUACCCUACUGUGGAGUUCGUGCUUCAACAACAAUUGCAGCGAAAGACUUACGUACUAUGAACAAUUAUAAAACCAUCAUUAAGAACGCUGGAAGAAAAAAAUGUGUGGAUCCAGCUGUGAUUGCUGGUAUCAUCUCUCGAGAGUCACAUGCUGGAACGGCUCUAAGGGGUGGCUGGGGUGAUCGUGGAAAUGGAUUUGGUUUGAUGCAGGUUGAUAAACGCUACCAUAAAUUGGUUGGACAAUGGAAUAGUGAGGCACAUGUCCUUCAGGGGACAGGCAUCCUUGUUAAUAUGAUUAAGGGAAUCCAGAAAAAGUUCCCCAGAUGGACAAAGGAACAACAGCUGAAAGGAGGGAUUUCUGCCUACAAUGCAGGACUACGAAACGUCCAAACCUAUAAUGAAAUGGACAUUGGCACAACCGGCAAUGACUAUGCCAAUGAUGUCGUUGCACGAGCCAAGUUUUAUAAGAGAAACGGAUACAAUAAUUAGUGAAGUGUUCAGGAGUGACACUAUAUCUGGGGAGAUAAGAAGCUGGAACCUGCAAAACCUUACUGAUGUAAAUAAACCCAUUGUGGGAAGUCUUGCUUAAAUAAGGAUUUGCA